AUGCGCCGACUGCGCUCCGCUGCUCCCGCCUCGGAGUUGGGUCGGGCUCCGGGAUGUCUGCGUUGUGUGACCCUCCCGGGGCCCCAGGGCCUCCCGGGCCCGCCCCGGCCACCCACGGUCCCGCGCCGCUCAGUGCUCAGGAACUGUCACAGGAAAUCAAGGCUUUUCUUACCGGCGUAGACCCCGUUGUGGGCCACCAGCUCUCAGCCCGGGAACAUGCUCGCUGUGGUCUUCUCCUGCUCCGCUCUCUGCCACCUGCUCGGGCUGCUGUGCUCGACCAUUUGCGAAGUGUCUUUGAUGAGAGUGUUCGGGCCCAUCUGGCUUCCCUGGAUGAAAGCCCUGUGGCUGGCCCACCUCACCUUCGCCCACCCCCAUCCUCCCAUGUCCCUGCUGGGGGACCUGGUCUAGAGGACGUGGUGCAGGAAGUACAGCAAGUGCUGUCUGAAUUUAUCCGGGCCAACCCAAAGGCCUGGGCGCCUGUGAUUAGUGCGUGGUCCAUUGACCUCAUGGGGCAACUGAGCAGCACUUACUCGGGCCAGCACCAGCGUGUGCCCCAUGCUACUGGCUCUCUCAAUGAACUGCUGCAGCUGUGGAUGGGCUGUCGGGCCACGCGCACAUUAAUGGACAUCUAUGUCCAGUGCCUCUCAGCUCUCAUUGGCAGCUGUCCAGAUGCCUGUGUGGAUGCAUUGCUGGAUACCUCUGUCCAGCAUUCCCCUCAUUUCGACUGGGUUGUAGCACACAUUGGCUCCUCUUUUCCUGGCACCAUCAUCUCCAGAGUCCUCUCCUGUGGCCUCAAGGACUUCUGUGUCCACAGUGGGGCUGGAGGUGGCGCUGCUGGGAGUGGUGGAAGCACUUCUCAAACCCCCUCUACAGACCCCUUCCCUGGAUCUCCUGCCGUCCCUGGGGAGAAACGGGUGCCCAAGAUUGCCUCAGUUGUAGGCAUCCUAGGGCACCUGGCCUCCCGCCAUGGAGACAGCAUCCGACGGGAGCUCCUUCGAAUGUUCCAUGAUAGCCUGGCAGGGGGGACUGGGGGCCGGAGUGGAGAUCCUUCCCUUCAGGCCACAGUUCCCUUCCUAUUGCAGCUGGCAGUCAUGUCACCAGCUUUGCUGGGGACAGUUUCAGGAGAGCUGGUAGAUUGCCUUAAGCCCCCGGCUGUGCUGAGCCAGCUACAACAGCACCUGCAGGGAUUCCCCCGGGAAGAACUGGACAACAUGCUGAACCUGGCCGUGCACCUGGUGAGCCAGGCCUCUGGGGCAGGUGCCUACCGCCUGCUGCAGUUCCUGGUGGAUACAGCCAUGCCUGCCUCCGUCAUCACCACCCAGGGCCUGGCUGUGCCAGACACUGUGCGUGAGGCCUGUGACCGGCUGAUCCAGCUGCUGCUGCUGCACCUGCAAAAACUGGUGCAUCAUCGAGGAGGGUCUCCUGGGGAGGGGGUGCUGGGCCCACCCCCACCCCCCCGCCCUGUGCCAUUUUUAGAUGCUCUAAGAAACCAUGUUGGAGAGCUGUGUGGAGAGACCUUACGACUGGAACGGAAGCGCUUCCUAUGGCAGCAUCAGCUUCUGGGCCUGCUCUCUGUCUACACCCGGCCUAGCUGUGGACCUGAGGCCUUGGGCCAUUUACUGAGCCGGGCCCGGAGCCCUGAAGAGUUGAGCUUGGCCACCCAGUUAUAUGCAGGGCUGGUAGUCAGUCUCUCUGGCCUCCUGCCCCUGGCCUUCCGAAGCUGCCUGGCUCGGGUGCACGCAGGGACUUUGCAGCCUCCCUUCACAGCCCGGUUCCUGCGCAACUUGGCACUGUUGGUGGGGUGGGAACAGCAGGGUGGUGAGGGUCCUGCAGCUCUAGGGGCCCGGUUUGGGGAGUCAGCCUCAGCCCAUCUGUCUGACUUGGCUCCUCUCCUGCUACAUCCUGAGGAGGAAGUAGCUGAAGCUGCUGCCUCCCUGUUGGCCAUUUGUCCCUUCCCUCCAGAAGCCCUAUCCUCCUCCCAACUCCUGGGCCUGGUGAGGGCUGGGGUGCAUCACUUCUUUGCCUCCCUGAGGCUGCACGGGCCCCCAGGCGUGGCCUCAGCCACCCAACUUCUCACCCGCCUGUCUCAGACCUCCCCGGCCGGGCUCAAGGCUGUCCUGCAGCUGCUGGUUGAGGGAGCCUUACAUCGGGGCAACACAGAGCUGUUUGGAGGGGAAGUGGAUGAGGACAAUGAGACUCUCUCAGUGGCCUCGGCUCCUUUGGCCUCUGCCUCUCUGUUGGACACUAACCGACGGCACACUGCAGCUGUGCCAGGUCCUGGAGGGAUUUGGUCAGUUUUCCAUGCUGGAGUCAUCGGACGUGGCCUAAAACCUCCCAAGUUUGUGCAGUCACGUAAUCAGCAGGAAGUUAUCUAUAACACCCAGAGCCUCCUCAGCCUCCUGGUGCACUGCUGUAGUGCCCCUGGGGGCACCGAAUGUGGGGACUUCUGGGGGGGCCCCACCCUGAGCCCGGAGGCAGCCAAAGCAGUGGCAGUGACCCUGGUGGAGAGUGUGUGUCCUGAUGCAGCUGGUGCUGAGCUGGCUUGGCCCCCGGAAGAACACGCUCGAACCACGGUGGAGCGGGAUCUCCGCAUUGGCCGGCGCUUCCGGGAACAGCCUCUGCUCUUUGAGCUGUUAAAGCUGGUGGCAGCUGCUCCCCCAGCCCUGUGCUACUGCUCUGUGCUACUGCGGGGGUUGCUGGCUGCACUCUUGGGUCAUUGGGAAGCCUCUCGCCACCCCGAUACAGCCCACUCCCCCUGGCAGCUGGAGGCAUCCUGCACCCUGGUGGCUGUCAUGGCUGAGGGGAGCCUCCUACCACCAGCCCUGGGCAACAUGCACGAGGUAUUUAGCCAGCUGGCACCAUUUGAGGUGCGCCUGUUGCUGCUCAGUGUCUGGGGCUUCCUCCGGGAGCAUGGGCCCUUGCCCCAGAAGUUCAUUUUCCAGUCGGAGCGGGGCCGCUUCAUUCGGGACUUCUCUAGAGAGGGUGGGGGUGACGGGGGACCCCAUCUGGCUGUGCUGCAUAGUGUCCUGCACCGCAACAUCGACCGCUUGGGCCUUUUCUCUGGUCGUUUCCAGGCGCCUUCACCGGCCACCCUCCUUCGGCAGGGGACGUAGCCUUUUUCAUGCUCCAGAGCCGAGGGAGGUUGAGCAAUGAGAGAGAGAAGGGGCUAGAUUGCUCCUGAAGGGUGGAGGUCUCUUCUUCGUCCUUGGUCCAAAUAGCGCUGUCACAUUUUUCCUCCUCUACCUUUUUUUCUAAAUAAAAUUUGUCUAGUCGAGAAAAA